UCCUGUUGUACAUCGUAAUAUUCUGUUGUACAUCGUAAUAUUCUGUUGUACAUCAUAAUAUUCUGUUGUACAUCGUAAUAUCCUGUUGUACAUCGUAAUGUUCUGUUGUACAUCGUAAUAUUCUGUUGUACAUCGUAAUAUCCUGUUGUACAUCAUAAUAUUCUGUUGUACAUCGUAAUAUUCUGUUGUACAUCGUAAUAAUCUGUUGUACAUCGUAAUAUUCUGUGGUACAUCAUAAUAUUCUGUUGUACAUCGUAAUUUUCUGUUGUACAUCGUAAUAAUCUGUUGUACAUCGUAAUAAUCUGUUGUACAUCGUAAUAUCCUGUAGUACAUUGCAAUAUUGUGUUGCACAUUGCAAUAUUAUGAUGCUGUACAGUGCAUAAUUAUGAUGUUGUACAUUGUAACACCCUUUGCACAUGACAGUAUCAUUUCGUUUAUAAGGUUAUGUCAUGGUUCACAGGUAUUUCUCAUCGAAAUUUUCUUUAGACCGCCAGUGCAUUUACUUAUUGAAACUUUAUAGUGGAAAGAAAGCAAAACGCAAGCUCUGUUUCAUAUUCAUGAUCAUUGCGUUUUGUUGAUCUGACUCAUUGCGAUCUUCUUUUACAGUAAAAAUGAGCUGGACUGUUGAGCGUAUUAGUUUUAUAGUUGACACAACCAGAUAGUUCAAUCGCCAUUUUAUGUUUUUAUUGGAUUGUAAAUGAAUAUGCAUCAAAGACUUGCUUCAUUAGGUUUUUUCAGGUCAUGAACUGUGUUUGUCAACAUUUUCUCAAAACAGGAUUUACACAAACACGUAUCAAUGAAAACGUAAAGGAUAUAGAAUGACAGUUUUAUGAAGCAAUAAAGAUUUUACAGCGAAGCACGUGCGAACAUCUCUCUCAAAAUUUCAACACUAUCUCGUCACUUCAUGUGUCACGAAUGAGAAGACCGCGCUGAGACAGACAUCGCCCUUCCCCAUGAUGUUUGGAAAUUUGAAAGCUGUUGAAUAGAAACGCUUCGUCAGCACAAACGUGUUGUCCCACAAAACACAAGUAUAUUGGGUUCAAACGAUGGGAAGUGUCGACCAUCUUCGUAAAGAGAAGAAAAAUUAUCAAAUAAUUUAGUCCUGCUUUUUUGACAUCUUUGUGAAGACGAUUUUCGAUCAAGCAUUGUCCAUUAGAGAAAAAUGCAAGGGUUUUGAUGGUACUCCUAGCGAAGAACUGAUCAUGAAAAUCUAAAGCAUUUGGGAAUAUUCUACCCUGAUCUUGUCGUAUUUUCUUAAAAUCAAACAGAACAACUCAAGAUUAUUCCGUUCACAGACGUUCGUCUGCUUAUAGUGUUGAUCUCGUUGUGCCUUCAAAGCAAAACGUUAUAAAGAUCAUGUUCUUUCAAGUGUUGACGAAUUUCCUUUGGGCUUCUUUGCUCGCAUGCUUAUUAAUUGGCGAGCUCGUCAAUGGUGACGACAAAGCCGAAGUCAAGUUAGAAGUCUUGCUGUCGAAAGUGUCAAAUAGAAGUACAUUAAGAGAAUGUUGCGACAAGAAUGGUGGCUCAUCUUGCACAAACAUAUGUGACAUAUAUUUCGUUGUCUGUAUUCCCAAGCCAGCAUUAUGUCAAAACUCUUCGGUAUUCUUACGCACUUCGUCUAAGUUUUCAUCGCCUUUGAAAAACAGCACAUCAUCAAACAAAAACAGUUCUGGAAACUUUCUAUCCAUGUUGUUCAACGUUAAUGUGAAGGAUCUUACAUCGUUCACUAUCACAAUUUACCCUCGUGAUAGUUCCAUCAUCGAUUCAUCCACCCCAGUUAGAGUUGCAAGUCAUACUGAAACAUUCUUGAGACCGCGUCCUACGUCACCGAUUCAGCGAACAUACUCAAAAAACAACAUUACGUUCGUGUUUAUCUACCGUUUAAAUGUGACAUGUGCCAAACAUUAUUAUGGUGAAAACUGUGUAUAUUGUCUGGGUCGAAAUGAUAGAUUCGGUCAUAGUAGGUGUCUUCAGAAUGGUACAAAAGUAUGCAUUUAUGGUUGGAAAGGAAGAUCAUGUACUGAACCUUAUUGUCCUGAUGGCUGUGUGAAUGGAAAUUGCAAACAGCCUUUUGAAUGCAGUUGUAAAUCUGGAUGGAGAGGACCAAAGUGUACAGAAUGUAUUCCUAAUACCAAAUGUCGCCAUGGGUACUGUGAUAGACCUUUCGAUUGUCUCUGUAAAGCUUCGUGGACCGGUCAAUAUUGUGAUGUUGUCAUGAAUUAUUGCAUUCGUUUUAAUCCUUGUCGUAAUGGAAGAUGCCAUAACAGUUAUCGGACCAAUUACACUUGUUCUUGUUUUAAUGGAUGGAAGGGACAAUUGUGUGAUGAACCUGCCUGUAGCUCUUCUUGUAAUCUUAGCAACGCUGACUGCACAAAUGAUAGAUGCAACUGUCGCCAGGGAUGGACUGGACCCGACUGUAACAAAUGUCUACCAUCCCCCGGCUGCAAAUACGGCGUAUGCUUAACUCCCUUUCAGUGUCUUUGUAAUCAUGGUUGGCAAGGGGAGAAUUGUAGCCAGCCAGUCUCCUAUUGUAAGCAACAGUCGCAAAAUCCAUGUCAAAAUAAUGGCACUUGCGUCGAUAUUUCUUCGAAUGAACAUCGUUGCGACUGUAAAGAAGGAUUCUCUGGAUUUCACUGUGACAUCGUAGAAUGUUCGUCAUCGUGCAGGGGAAAAUGCGAAGGAAACGUCUGUCGAUGCCGCAGUGGAUGGAAAGGCAAAAACUGCUCGGAAUGCGUGAAACGUUCAUCCUGUAUCCAUGGUUACUGUAAAAAACCCAACGAAUGCAUAUGUCAUAAAAACUGGACUGGAUUGUUUUGUAACGUCUCCAAUGUUGAACACGGAUCUUCUCAUAUAAGAAUGACGACAUCAACCCUUCAAGACCGUCCAGAUAUGACCUGGCUGAUCUGCGUAUUAUCUAUAUUAUCAUCGCUUAUUAUCUUCACUACGUUAGCAUUCCUUGUACGAAAGCAAUGUCGAAAACGUGCGAGAUUUGAUGUACCAUCAUCACAUGUCGUUGUUAACCGACACACAAGAUAUGCGUGCUAUACCACUGGUACAAACCAUCGGAUUGAAAAUUUGGGAUUGAAUAACAAUAAUCCGGUGGAUUUAGAUUUUAAGAGUUACUCUGAGAUCAUCCUUAAUCCGAUGUCUUUAAAGCAUUCACAGAAUUCAAAAAGUAUGUUGAUCAGCGAUUCGGGCAUUGAAUACGACAUAAAUGAAGAGACAACAGUAGACAAAGAAUCGCCUGAUGAAAAGAAGUACACUGCAAUAUGAAAUUCCUAUCUGAAAGAGUUGAAAGGAUGUAAGAUGAUUUCGGAGCGCGCCCAUUCUCAAAAAUUACACCCGAUAAAUGGUUCAAAUUAUCCCCUUGUCGCCGAAAUGAAUCUUGGGAAAAAUAGUUUAAGCUGGAUUUGGCUGAGGAUUGUGCCUCCGAAAAUUCAAUGCAGCGUCAACGUUAACAUAUUUACAUCAGGAUGUAAUGAUUGCAUUCCGGAGGAAAUAUCAGACUUAAGUAUGCAAUAAUUAUCUUAUUAACGUUAUUGGAUUAUCGCAAAUCUCAUCAAGAAAUCACGAUAAAUCCACGUCAGUUAGAAAAAGGAAAUAAUAAAGAAAAGCUCCGAGUAGAAAGAUAGUUUUAAAUAUUUAUUGUUACAUAAUGAUAUGAUCAUGUAGUGAUCUUUUUCUCCGAAGAGUUUAUAAAUUUCAUAAAUUUCAUGGAAAAAUUAGUACCAUUAGGAAUAGGGAAAUAUAUUUAGCAAGUUUUUACAUUCGCCUCAUUUAAUAAACUACCAACUAGCUUGAUGUAA